AAUUUCCUAGGACUAAUCGGAAAAAUCUUCAGAUUUCUGUUUUGUGUCGUUUUGGUGGAAUCUUGGACGAGUUUUUCUGGAAUUGAGGGGAAAGUGGGGAAUUCGGCAUCUCACCACCUCUUUUGAUUCUUUUUCGCCACCACCGAAGCGCCACUGGCGACCAUGUUGACAGCGUAAACGUGAUUUUUCACGAGCAAACUUACAUAAUUCUAGUGAAUUUGUUUAUCUCCAGCAGUUGGGGAUCAUGUGGUGAGGAGUGGAGAUCAGAAUGAUGAAUAUCUUGACGGUAAGAUCCUUUCACUUGAUCCGUCCACUAAACUUCUGUUGUUCCUACACGGCGGUCGUCAAACGGAGACAUGCAACGAAAGUGAAUCCCAAGCCUUUGGAAGGAUUGGCAAAGGACGAGAGGUCGCGCGAUGAAUCCAUAGCCAUUUCAGUCGGAGCAACUAAGCCUGCUGUGCUGAUUUCUCUAGAUGUGAACAACAUAAAGCCGCCGCUUCGCUUGCCGGAGACUGGAAAGAUAGAGAAGAAGCCGGCAGCCGAUGCCUGGACGAAGACUCCACUCUCCCCCACACUUCAGCUGUACCUGAAAUUGUCUAAGAUCCGUCUGACCACGCUAGUUGUGGUGACAUCGAUGGCAGGAUAUGCCAUGGCUCCAGCACCAUUCGAUCUCGCCACUUUCGCGCUCUGUUCUGUUGGCACAGGACUUCUUUCCGGCGCCGCAAACUCCAUCAAUCAGUUCUUCGAGGUGCCCUUCGACGCCCAGAUGUCCCGUACGCACAAUCGUGUCCUGGUGAAGGGAAUGCUGACUCCUCUGCAUGCUGUGGCGUUCGCAACCGUUGCGGGGGCGAGUGGCUAUGCCCUGCUGAAUUACGGCGUGAAUGGGCUCGCAGCGUCACUGGGUCUGGCCAAUCUUGUGCUCUACACCUGCAUAUAUACGCCUAUGAAGCGCUACAGCAUCCUCAAUACGUGGGUGGGCUCAUUCGUGGGCGCUAUUCCGCCUGUGAUGGGAUGGGUGGCGUGCACAGGACAUGUGGACACUGGAGCAUGGAUCCUAGCUGCGCUGCUGUACGCCUGGCAGUUCCCGCACUUCAAUGCGCUGUCGUGGAACCUGAGGCCAGACUACUCACGCGCUGGAUACAGAAUGAUGGCUGUGACGAAUCCUCAACUCUGCAGAAGAGUUGCUCUAAGAUAUACAGUUGGAAUUACUGGGAUUUCAUUGUUGGCGCCAGUUCUGGAAGUCACAGAUCCUUGGUUCGCUCUGACAUCCCUGCCUCUCAACCUGUACUUCAGUUAUCUGGCGUGGAAAUUCUACAGAAAUUCAGACAGCAGCAGUUCCCGCAAGCUAUUCCGCUUCUCUCUACUGCACCUGCCAUUGCUUAUGGUGCUCUUCUUGUUGAGCAAGAAACGCUGGAUAUUCCUUGAGGAAGAGAGCAAGAAGGAAGUCAUUAGCCUAAAUACUUCGACGAAACCUUUAGCCAUUGAGUCGCUGAAUGCGUCGAAAUCAGUGUGACAUUGAACCAUUUCUUUGUCUGUAAAUAUAUUAUUAAGUUAUUCAAUGCGCUGCCUAAUGAUGGUCUUAUCUGGAGAUCUCCGAUACGGCCGAUAUGGGCCAGAAACAUGUCAUUUCAGCGAUUUGGGCGCUCUGGACUAAUUAGUUGCCCGGAAUGCCUUUCCUAGACCACUUCUGCUUCUGUUGUUCCGUGCGCCUCGGAGUCAUUUUUGCUGGAGUCUAUGCCUCUCUCUGUUCAAUGACUUGUCUGUACUUUCUCGGGAGCGCGAAAGCGGGUGAUGUUAAGGAGCAGAUAGAGAGAUAUGAAGUGCUGAAGCAGGUGGAAGAUAAUAUCCUGGUGUAUCGAGUUGUCUCCAUUCUUCAUGAUCAUUUGGCGCUAGUCUUAGAGAUUUUCAUCGUCAUCAUUUCACUGCAUCUGGUCUCAUGUUUUCUCCUGAUCACUGGAGCAAUCAGGGUAAUUUCAAUAGAAUGGGAUUUCUUUAGUUUACAUAAUUCACUUUGCAGCUCAGCAAAUAUCUUCUGGUGCCAUUCAUGAUCCUGAACUUGGUGAAGGUUCUUCUAUUUCUGUGCACCCACGUAAUCGCUAUGAUGUGCCUGAAGAAGCACUUGCCUCUGGGAGAACUAAUUGGAGCGACUUGCGCAGGAGGAUUUUACCUUUGUAAGGCUCUUCAAACCACCUAAUCUUCUUUGGAAUGAAUCCAACUCACCUUGCAGUGUUCUUACUCUACAUGUGGGUGACUUCUGUGGCCCUGUAUCAGCAAAUUCUGCUCAUAAAUUCGGAAAAGUAUCGAUUACUAUAUGGUCUUGAGAACUCAAAGGUCAAGCAAGU